AAGAGAAAGGUUUACAUAUAUUCUCUCCUAUACACUGCCUCCCAAGCACAGUAUCAAAUAAAAUAUUCUUAGAGGCUCAGAAAAGAUUCAAACUGCUGUUCAGCACAAGUUCUUUACAUCGCCUGCUCCAUCCACCCUUCUCCCGUCCUGAUCUCUGCUGCAGCUGGUCCCCAGCAUAAGCGGUGCCUGAACAGCAGACCUGAAACAUGACAUUAUUCCCAUUGUUGUUGUUCCUGGCUGCUGUGUUAUCCUCAUCCCUUCUUCAAGAUGACUAUGAGAAUAAAAAUCUUGAGGAUUUGAUAACCUCUAAAGAGUCAGUCCAAGAAGAGAUUGUAAACAAGCACAACCAACUGAGAAGAAUGGUUUCUCCACCUGGUAGUGACUUACUAAAGAUGCAAUGGAGUGAUGAUGCCCGAGUGAAUGCACAAAGAUGGGCAAGCCAAUGCACUUAUGAACACAGUUCUCCAGAAGUCAGGACCACCAACAUAAGAUGUGGUGAGAAUAUCUUCAGAGCAAAUUACCCAGCAUCAUGGUCUCAUGUAAUCCAAACCUGGUAUGAUGAAGUCAAUGAUUUCAGGUUGGGCUCAGACCCAAAUCCAAUUGAUGCAGCAGUUGGAUAUUAUACUCAGAUUGUUUGGAAUUCAUCUUUCCAAGUUGCAUGUGGAGUUGCUGAGUGCCCUGACCAAUCAUUGAAAUUCUUAUUUGUUUGUCACUAUUGUCCUCUGUAA